UUGAAAGUGUUCAUUUGAUCGAUUAAACAGCGCAUUUAAGGUAUUUUUAGGGUCAUUUUGAUCCAAUUUCCCUUUACCAACUUACCACCUAAUGGUACUAAUCAUGCCUUUUCUCCCGUUAGAAAAUCAUCAUUGUUCAGACCACCUUUUUCAUUUCAGUCAUCUCAUUCAUGGCCAAAAACUUCAGAUUCUCUGUUUCCAUUUCUUCUUUCUUUUAAAUCUCUCUUACGUACGGACGGUGUCGCCGCCUCUGAAGCGAUAGUUCGCGGCUUACCCCAAUCCAUCGUUUAGCUCUGCCGUCGAUGUUAACAAUCAUUCCCUUAGGUUCAAAGGAUUCUCAGACACCAUUGAAUUGAGUUGAUUAAAUAUGGGCGGUGGCGGUGGUGGUGUCGACGGGCCUGCACCUUUCUCCAGCAUUGGCAAGCAAGCAAAAGAUCUCCUGAUGAAAGGAUAUAAUUUUGAAAAGAAAUUCCUCUAUUUAGUUCGAGGAUCUUCUGGGAUGAUGGGACAUACAACAAGUUGUGCGAUGAUAGAUGGUACAUUUGUUGGUCAUUUAAAUGCAAGGUACAAGAGAGGAUGCACCACCUUGGUUAUGAAUGUUGAUACAAAUUUUAAUAUCUCUCCACAGUUGAUUGUGGAUGGUAUUUUUCCCACUACGAGGACAGCAUUAAAAUUUACUAUACCUGGAAACAAGCUUCAUGUUCAAUACAGGCAUAACAUUGCCACCAUAAAUUCGAGUCUUAUCCUUAACUCCGACCCAGUUUUGAAGUUCUCUGCUGGUUUUGGCAUAAAUGACAUAGCUUACGGGGGGAAAUUUUGUUUUGACACCUCCUCCAUGACAAAAUGGAAUGUUGGUAUUGGAAUUAGAAGGCCAAAUUCCUUGGUGUCCUUUAUAAUGGAGGAUAAUGGAGAGGGGAACACAUUGAGGGCAUCUUACAUUGGCCAUGUUGAAGGAAUCCAGGUUGCUGCAGAAAUGAUCCACAGGUUCUCUGAAUUGAAGAACAGUUUUGAAAUCGGAUGCUCUCACACUCUUGACCCUUACAGCAAAGUUAAAACUAAGUUUGCUUACGACGGAAAGGUAUCGAUGUUCUACGAGAGAGGAUUGAAAAAGAGGGGGAAACGGGUAACAAUUUCAGCACAAUAUGAUUUCAUGGACCUUAAAGGAGUACUGCCUAAACUUGGUAUUUCCUUUUCCAUGAAGUCAUGAUGUUUUUAGUAUUUACCAAGUUUGUUCCCUUUAUUUUGUGAUAUUUUGCUAAUUGCUUUGCAAGUUUAGCUGGGAAAAUGUAUUUGGUUGCUUUAUCAAAACUUUGAUGCUUAGAGCACACAACAAUGUUCAAUCAUAGCCUAUGACUAGCUGGAGUCCUUGAGGAUUAGUUCAUUUUUUCGCGACUUUGAUAACCUGAUUACAUGUUGUUCUAAUGAAGAUGUUGAUCAUAUGAUUGAGUCAAUGUGUGAAAUUCACUUGAAUGACAAUCCAUAAAUAGAUGUAUCCUUGAUCAUAUUGAUGGACUGGAUAAAAAAUCCCAUCUAAGGAGUUGUCAAAACAAAUUUAUCCUAAAUGUGU